AAUUAGACUAUAGAUGCUAUAUUUUAGGACUUCAUCAAUUCCAGAUUUCUUUUCUUCAAUCGAGAUGAAUUACAUCUUUAUGUACAUUUAUGUUGGGGUUUAACACCUGAGGAAGUGGACACUUAAAACACAUAACUAGAUCGCUAAUCUGCUGCUGCAGCCAUGUAUUCAUCCAACAGUAAAUUGAAUGUCCUAAAAAAACCUUGCAGUUGUAGGCUACUACCUAUGAGACCUAUUGCGAGUUCGAAUCUCAUCACGGACUACUUUAGCAUUUUUGCUAAUUAGUAACUUUCCAGCUACCUACUACUUUUUAGCUACUUUGCAACUUCUUAGCAUGUUAGCAAACCCUACCCCUAACCCUAAAUGUAACCUUUUUAGCUAACCCUUCCCCUAACUUUAACCCUAACCUUAAACAUUUAACCUAACUCCUAAACUUAACCCUAACAUUAACCAUAACCCAGCAAACAUUAGCCAGCUAGCUAACCUAGAUUUAUGUCAAAAAUAAUGUGAGAUGCUCUGAGACCAGCUCAAUGCUAUCUUCUAAUCUUACUAUAGCACAAGAGAAUUCAGCAAUAUGUGACAGCCUUAUGAAAUGUAUUGGAAGUUCACAGAUAACUGAAGAAAUGUUGCGACUGUGAGCAAUGAACAGGACACAACUAGACGUUUCAGUGGUCUUUGGUUGGUGGUGCCCUGAAGUCUCCUGAAGAAAUAAGGUUGCAUUUCUCUAUGGGACUUCUGUUCAAUGAAAACAUCCCUCCAGCAAGUUUCUAUCAUGCCAUUUCAGUCCCAUCGCGAAAGAGACACCAUAAACAUAUUGGAUCUUGACUUUAUGACCCAGAAAGCCCUGCAGCCAAACUCCAAAGACAGAUGGCGCAACAAGCAGUGACAAUGCUGAAGAUUCACUAUCCUGACCUGUCAGUGUUUUUAAUGUUACUGCCAAAGUCAUGUGAUUUGUGCAGGCAUUGGCAAGGGCUCAUGCCUCCUAGCAUCAAAGACCUGUGAUUGACGAGGUACCAACUUCUCCAGUCUUGAGUCACAAGAAGGGGCGAUACAAAUGGUGGACUCCCAACGCCUGUGCUGAAGUUUGCAUGGCUGAAUUCUGAUUUAACAAAACAUGACAGUCAAUCCCAAAGACAUUCAACUAGUGAAUGAACCGUAAAUAUACUCAAAAUGGUUCCCUCAGAUGAGAAUAUCACUGUGCCAGAAAGCUGUCCCAACUGCAGUUCCUCCUCCUUCGCUGAGGUGGAUAUCAGUAAGGCGGUGACCCUGGGCCUGGUGAUGGGGGUGUUUGUCAUCUUCGGGGUUCUCGGUAACAUCCUGGUUAUUCUGUCUGUGGUGUGCCACCACCACCUACGCUCCGUCACACACUACUUCAUCGCCAACCUUGCGGCGGCAGACCUGCUCCUGAGCUCCACUGUGCUGCCGUUCUCUGCCACCUCGGAGGUCCUAGGCCGCUGGGUGUUUGGCCGGUCUUUCUGCAGUGCCUGGGCCGCCCUGGAUGUUCUCUGCUGCACUGCCUCUAUCCUAAGCCUGUGUGUCAUCUCUGUUGACCGCUACCUAGCAGUCAGCUACCCGCUGCACUACCCUGCCAUGGCCACUGGGCGGCGCGGCCUGGUCGCAGUGGCAGCUCUCUGGGGCCUCUCGGCAGCCAUAUCCGUAGGUCCACUCUUCGGCUGGAAGGAGCCCGACCCAGAGGACGAGACUGAGUGCCGGAUCACAGAGGAACCGGGUUAUGCUAUUUUCUCUGCCCUGGGGUCGUUCUAUGUGCCACUAGCUGUCAUCCUGGCCAUGUAUUGCAAGGUGUAUGUGGUGGCCAAGCGGAAGACUCGAGACCUGAGGGAGGGCAGGAAGAGGGAGGGGGGGAUGGACACGGAGGGAGAGGGAGUGACACUGAGGAUCCAUCGGGGAAAUGCCCCUGCUAAGCCAGAGGGGCAAGAGGAGGAGGGAGAGAAGUGCAUCAUGAGGCGGAGACGCACCACCUUCGCCCUAAUGCACCUGCUGAAAUUCUCCCGAGAGAAGAGGGCAGCCAAGACUCUGGGCAUUGUGGUUGGCUGCUUCGUUCUCUGCUGGCUGCCCUUCUUCCUGGUUAUGCCCAUUGGCUCCAUAUUCCCAUCGUAUAGACCAUCUGACACCAUAUUUAAGAUCACCUUCUGGCUGGGCUACCUCAACAGCUGUAUCAACCCCAUUAUCUAUCCCUGCUUCAGCCAGGAGUUCCAGAGGGCCUUCCUCAACGUUCUGCAUGGACGCUGCCUCAGACAGGGUGGCAGGAGCUCCAAGUCUCUGGGGUUUUCUCCUUCCUAUAGUCCCAGUCCUGAUCCAUCGUCUCUUAUUAGAUCCCAGCCUCACCCCUCCUCCUCCAGCUCCUCCACUCCCCCCACCCAGCCACGCCGAGCAGCCUCCCCAGCCUCUCACGCCUCCUCCUCUGGCUGCUGGAAGACCUUCUCUGGCUCCUCUUCCUCAGUGGGGGUGCCAGGCCAUACCCAAAGUACCCGGGUCCACAGUAAAAGCCUGCUGAAGGUGUGGUGUUUUGCAGCGGGGGAGAACCCGUCCCAACAGGGUGCUGCUUGUCAGAGCCCCUCAGCCCCUGGUGCUACAUGUCAAACGAAAGUCCAUUGCCACUCCCUGGGAGCAAGAGGAGAGGCUGUCUGACUGGGAACACUAAAGGAUUCUGGGUAAUUAAAAUUCCCCCAAGUUCUGGGAAGAGAUGUGGCACUUAUUGGCAUGAAGUUAAGACAUCUCUCUCGAGAUCUGCUGGAAUCAGUCAGUACAGCUAUUCACAUAAAGCUGAUGUGUCUUCAUGUUUUGGGAAAUGGGAGCGAGUACACCCACUGAAGAAGAUACUGUAACACACCUGGAGAUAGAGAUGUACUGUACUGUAUGUGCUCCACUGUAGAUCGAUGUACAGUGUGAAUCAGAAGGAUACACAGUGUCAGUACAGAAACUGAAUAAAGAGUACUGAGUCAGUAAAGAGACAAGGGUUGGGGAGUAGCUGAUUACAUGUAAGAUUACAGAUACUUUAGAAAAAAUAGAUUACUUCUUGGAUUACUUUAAAAUUCAGAAAGGCUGUUUGCGAAAAAAUACAUUGACACCUUUCUGAUUUCUCAAAUCAAGAUAAAAUCGAAUUUGUCACAUGCGCCGAAUACAACAGGUGUAGACCUUAGCGUGAAAUGCUUACUUACAAGCCCUUAACCAACAAUGCAGUUUUAAGAAAAAUAAGAAUUAAGAAAAUGGUGACUAAAGUUUAAAAAAUACAAGAGUAACAAUAACGAGGCUAUAUACAGGGGCUAUUGGUACCAAGUCAAUGUGCGGGGGUACAGGUUAGUCGAAGUAAUUGAGGUAAUAUGUACGUGUAGGUAGGGGUAAAGUGACUAUGCAUAGACUAUAAACAGCGAGUUGCGGGGUCAAUACAAAUAGUCCGGGUAGCCAUUUGAUUAGCUGUUCAGGAGUCUUAUGGCUUGAGGGUAGAAGCUGUUAAGAAGCCUUUUGGACCUAGACUUGGCACUCCAGUCCCGCUUGCCAUGUGGUAGCAGAGAGAACAGUCAAUGACUAGUGUGGCUGGAGUCUUUGGCAAUUUUUAGGGCCUUCCUCUGACAUUCAGCAUUGAUAAAAAAGGUACAAGUUUAAGAUUGUUCCAACUGAGCGAGUCUGACCACAAGUUAGAGACCACUAUGAUGACACACCAAAUGUGUUUGAUGGAUCCUUUUUGUCUUGUUCUGAUGUCUCUUAAGGGGAAAGUAAUCCAAAAGUACCUGAAAGUAAUCAGAUUACGUUAGUGAGUUUGGGUAAUCGCAAAGUUACGUUAUUGAUUACAAUUUUGGACAGGUAACUAGUAACUGUAACAGAUUACAUUUAGAAAGUAACCUACCUAACCCUGACAGAGACUGAAUGAAAACGUGCUUCAGGUCACCGAAGAUGAUUAUUUGAGGAUGAUGUCCAUACAUAGGUUCAAUUUACAGUUCAUACUGCUACGUUUUUGUGGACAAUAUUUAUGACAAGCUUACCACUGCAGUUUUCACAGUGCUUUGUACUGAAAAAUGUAACACGUGCUCGGUUCUUACUAUGUAAAGUAGCUACUGUGCUGCUGGUGUGUAUGCUUGUGUCUUGUGACAGUGGUCUCUUUCUUUACCUACUCAAAUAGCAGAAGAACAUGUCCGUCAAACACAUGCACAGCUAGAUAGUCCGACACACUAGACCCAGAGAAUGAGCCAAAUACCUGCUAUGUAUUGUGGGAUGUUAUAGUUCAUUGAUCAGUAAAAAUAAAGUCCGUAAGAGUCUGUGUAACCCAUUUCAAUCUUAAAUGCAAUGGAAAUUGUGUAAAAUACAGAAAAUCUUUAUUAUUAUGCCUAUCCCCAAUCAUAGUUGAAUAUUUCACUGUAUCUGCACCAAUUCUCAAUGAAACAUUAGACAUGUCACCUGUUGUUUUGCCUGUGUGAUGAAUAAUUAUAAUCAAGAAUGCAUGGCCUUUUUAGCUGUCAGUCAGCCCUCAAUACAUAGUAUUCCAAACAUUAGGAACACCUUCCUAAUAUUGAGUUGCAUCCCCCUCAUCCCUUUUGUCCUCAGAACAGCCUCAAUUCGUCGGGGCAUGGACUCUACAAGGUGUCGAAAGUAUUCCUCAGGGAUGUUGGCCCAUGUUGACUCCAAUGCUUCCCACAGUUGUGUCAAGUUGACUGGAGGUCCUUUGGGUGGUGGACUAUUCUUGAUACACACGGGAAACUGUUGAAUGUGAAAAACCCAGCAGCGUUGCAGUUCUUGACACAAACCGGUGCGCCUGGCACCUACUACCAUACCCUGUUCAAAGGCACUUAAUUAUUUAAUCUUGCCAAUUCACCCUCUGAAUGCCACAUAUACACAAUCCAUGUCUCAAUUGUCUCAAGGCUUAAAAAUAUAUUUUGAACCUGUCCCCU